AUGUCGAAAGAUUAUUGGAUUAUUGACACAGAUGCAGGUGUUGAUGACUGCCAAGCCUUAGCUCUUGCAUUUUCCUGUCAAGAUUCCCAUAAUUUCGAAGUUUUAGCUAUCACAGUUCUUGCUGGAAAUGUACUUUUACCUCAAGCUAUAAUGAACAUAGCUGAAACUUUAAAAGCUUGCAAUAAAGAAAACAUCCCUUUCUACAUCGGAGCAGACAGACCUCUUAUAAGCACACUUACCCCAGCCACACACAUUCACGGGGUCGACGGUCUUAACAACUAUUGACAAAGAGAAGGAAAAUCCCGUGAAGACCACAUCAAGCCCCAAUCCAAGAGUGCUGUCCAAGCUAUAAUAGAUUUAGCUCACGAAUAUUCUGGCAACAUAAAUAUUGUGACUAUUGGACCUCUCACAAAUUUAGCCUUAGCUGCUUGUCAAAACCCAGAAAUUAUUAGUAUGUUUAAAAGAGUUUUAGUAAUGGGAGGAGCAGUCCACUAUAGAGGAAACAGAUAUAUCACUAAUGAGUUUAAUAUUUGGUGUGACCCUGAAGCAGCUCAUAUAAUUUUUGAAAGAUUUCCAAGCAUUGAGCUUGUCCCUUGGGAAACUUGUAUAGAUAAAGAGCAUUUAUUAGAUUUGGACUUUUUAAGGAGCUAUAUAAGUGGGACAUCAAGGGUAGGGAAAUUUAUAGGAGAAAUUACAGCUGUUAGGGAAGGCAGGACUACUGUGCAUUUUUGCGACCCUUUAACGUUGGCUGUAGCAAUUGAUAGGAAUGUGGUUGUUUCUGGAAGCAAAAGAAAAGGAGUGAUUGAGCUGAAAGGAACGACAACGAGAGGAAUGACGUUAAUAAAUUGGGGAUCGUCAGAUAUGGAGGAAAUAAAUGAAGCAGUUCCAAAUUUGUUUAUUGUGGAGAAGGUAAAUAUGGAAAUAGUAAAGCAAAUGCUAUUAAGUUCUAUUAACUAA